AUGGAAUUAUUGACACUCAAUCAAUUUGCAGUGCUCCUCUGGAAAAAUUUUACCCUAAAGAGAAGGCAUGUCAUUAAUUUGAUAUUGGAAGUCUUCUCAGCAUUGGUAUUUGCAAUAAUGCUUCUGUUAUUCCGUGCAAUUACUGAAACAAAGAUUAAUGGACCCUACAAUUACACUUCUCAACCCAUCAAUACUUUGCCUACUUUCAUCAAAAAUGCAAAUGAGUGGGAAUUGAUUUACAUACCUUCUAAUAUUAGUGUGGUAAAAGAAAUCACUGAAAAUGUGAAGAAGAAUCUAAACAUCAGUAUAAGAGUUCGGGGCUUUUCUUCAGAAACUGAAUUCGAGAAGUACAUUCUGUAUGAUUAUUCAUCUCAUAAUGUGCUGGCUGCCAUUGUUUUUGACCAUGAUUUCAAAAAUAGCAAUGACUCUCUGCCACUUCAGGUAAAAUAUCAUCUGCGUUUUAUUAGGAUACAGAGGACUGUUUGGUGGCCAGACAGACCAGGCUGGAAAACAGACUUCCUCUUUCCUAAUCGUCCUUCUGUAGGACCCAGGAACCCAAAUUAUCCUGAAGGAGGAAGUCCUGGGUAUAUCAGAGAAGGAUUCCUGGUUGUACAAUAUGCCUUGGAUAAGGCCAUCAUGCUGUAUCAUGAGAACACUACUGGACAAAAGUUAUUUGAUGGUAUUAGCAUCUUUGUACAGAGGUUUCCAUACCCAGCUUAUUGUCAUGAUGGAUUACUUUGGAUCAUUAGUUCUUUUCUCCCUUUGAUAUUCAUGCUCAUGUUCUCUCCAAUUGUACUUUCCAAUAUUCGUUACAUUGUGUGGGAAAAGGAGAAAAGAUUGAAGGAAUACCAACUCAUAACUGGACUCAGAAACUGGAUGAUCUGGGCUGCCUAUUUCUUCACAUUCUUCCUUUGGUAUAUCAUUAUUAUCAUCUUGAUAUGUGUGCUGUUCUUUAUUUUCAAUAAGCCAAUCUUCCGCUACAGUGAUUCUGGCUUCAUCUUUCUCUUUCUGGUGUGUUAUGCUAUUGCUUCAAUCUUCUUUGGCUUUAUGCUUAGCACAUUCUUCAGUAAAGCCCAUCUGGCUGCAUCUGCUGGAAAUAUCCUAUUUUUUGCCAGCUUUUUUCCAUUUAACUUCAUCGCUCAACGCUAUGGAGAAAUCAUCCUUUCUUACAAGGUGGCUGCCUGUCUCAGCUCAAAUGUUGCAUUGGCACUGGGGAUUAAUCUUCUGCUCAAAUUGGAAAUAAAACAGAUUGGUGCUAAAUGGCAUAACUUUUGGACACCAGCCAGCCUUGAGGAUAACCUCGUCUUUGGCUAUCUAUUUGGAAUGCUUUUACUUGAUGCUUUCUUGUAUGGCCUUGUUGCCUGGUAUGUAGAAACUGUCUUUCCAGGGCGGUAUGGCUUGCCCCAACGAUGGUACUUUUUCCUUAAGCACUCAUAUUGGUUUGGAAAACCAAGAAUUAGAAGAAAAAAAGAAAUUAAUGGCCCUGAGGGAAUUCAAAGCACCUAUUUUGAGGAUGAACCUAUUCGCUUGGUAGCAGGUAUCCAGAUCAAACAUUUGCACAAGGAAUAUGAAGACAAUGUAGCGGUAAACAACUUGUCUUUGAAUCUGUAUGAGGAGCAGAUCACUAUUCUUCUGGGGCAUAAUGGGGCAGGAAAGACCACAAUUUUGUCUAUUCUGACAGGUAUGUAUCCCCACUAAUCUCAAGGGAAGGCCUAUAUUGAUGGGUAUGAUAUUUCAAGUAACAUAAUUGAGAUUCGAAAAAACUUGGGCUUCUGUCCACAGCAUGACUUGUUGUUUAAUGACUUGACAGUAUCAGAACAUCUUUUUUUCUACUCGGUGAUAAAAGGAAUACCUCAAAGGAUGUGUACUGUGGAGACUGACCAUAUGCUGUCUAUUUUUAACCUGCUGGAAAAGCAUGAUGCAUUUCCACAAGAACUGAGUGGAGGAAUGAAGCGCAAACUGUCCAUCAUUAUAGCACUAAUGGGAAGCUCCAAGGUACUGAUAUUUGAUGAACCAUCAUCUGGCAUGGACCCAACCUCAAGGAGGGUCUUCUGGCAUCUCCUUCAGCAGUAUAAACACAAACGUACCAUCUUACUAACCACCCAGUACAUGGAUGAAGCUGAUAUCCUGGGUGACCGCAUUGCCAUCAUGAUCAAGGGUACCCUGCGCUGUUGUGGUUCUUCAGUCUUCCUGAAACGAAUAUAUGGUGCUGGAUAUCACAUAGUUAUGGAGAAGGAAUCACAUUGUGAUGUAGAGAAGAUUUCCGCAAUGAUUCAGUCUUAUGUUCCAGAUGCCACUUUGGAGAAUGAUAUUGGAGAUGAAUUGUCAUUUAUGCUACCCAAAAAGUAUACAACAAGGUUUAAAGGUCUAUUUAAUGAGCUGGAAAUGAAACAGAAAGAUCUUGGUAUUGCCAACUUUGUUGCUUCAAUCACUACCAUGGAAGAUGUUUACCUUAAGGCCAAUAAGCUGGCAGCAUCCGAAUGGAAUGUUCAGGCUAUCCACUCCCCUAAUUUGAAAACCCAAAACAUAAAACGAGACAAGAAGCAGAGUAUGGAUAUGCCAAUAGAUUAUGAGAGACCACUUUCUUCCAACUUGAAUGAAAUUGCUAACAUUAAAUUUAAUACUGGGUUUCCACUUUACUUCCAGCAAUUUUGUUCCAUGUUUAUAAAAAGGGCACUAUUCAGUUUGCGGAACUGGAAGUUGCUGUUGCUACAGAUAAUAGUAAUUUCAGUUGUCACUACAUAUCUCUUAAUAAGUCUGGAUUUAGGUCAUGGUGAUGUACCUGCCAGGAAAAUGGAUUUGAGUCAAUAUGGUCGAACCACUGUGCCUUACUCAAUUUCAGGAAAUUCUGAUUUGUCUAUGAAACUCAUACAGAACCUUGAGAUUUUUCUAAAGUCUAAGAAUCAAGAACUACGGGAAAUACCAGGUAAUGUAAAGAAUUACUUAAUGCAAAAUAAAGAGUGCCAUGACUUCUGCAUUAUUGCAUUCUCCAUUAAGGUUGAGGAAGAUAAAACAGUACUUACUAUUUUGUUCAAUAAUGAAGCAUACCAUUCAGCUGCAACAUCCCUAGCAGUGUUAGACAACAUACUUUUUAUGUCACUUUCUGGCUUAAAUGCCUCCAUUACAGUCUCCAACAAGCCUCAACCUCUUCCCGUCUAUGGUUCUAACAUGGUGCCUACAAAUGGAUUACAAAUAGUAUUAUGUUUGGCUUUUGGCAUUUCCGUUGUGGUCGGUAACUUUUGUCUUCAGACAGUGAUUGAGAGAGUCAAUAAGUCAAAGCACAUCCAGUUCGUGAGUGGGGUCUAUGUACUUACUUACUGGCUUUCUGCUUUGUUGUGGGAUCUCAUCAGUUUCUUCAUUUUUUGCUGCUUACUACUGGUGAUAUUCACACUCUGUGAAGUGGAAGCAUUUGUUGUGAAUUACCACUUUCUAGACACACUGUUGAUCCUUAUGCUGUACUGCUGGUGUGUUGUUCCUUUCAUGUAUCUUGGAAGUUUCCUGUUUUCUAAUAGUACAGCUGCCUACAUCAAGCUUACUUUGUUUAACUACUUUUCAACCAUUUUCAGUAUCGUCAUUCACAGUAUAAUAAAACACCAUGGUAAGAACACACAAAACUUUGUAAAUAAUGUAUUAAUGAUGCUUCCUACUUACAACUUUGCAAUGAGUAUCAGCAGAUUCUUUGAUGACUAUGAAGUGAAAAAACUGUGUGCCAAGCAAUUUCAAAGCGUCUACCUAGACUGCAGUAAACCAUUUGUUCAGAACAAUGUCUAUAGUUUUGGAGAACAUGGGAUUGCAAAGUUCUUGGUUAUGCUGGCUGUCAUGGGAUUACUUUUUCUCCUCUUGCUUUUAUCUCUGGAGACUGCAUUAUGGAGCCUGAAAAAUUUUAUAUUUCAUAACAUUGUAUUUAAUGUCUAUAAGAAAAUCAUGAAAAGAAGGAAUGCUACAGUGUCCAACCAAGUAAUCGAAGACUAUGAGGAUGAAGAUGUAAAAAAUGAAAGAAACAGAGCACAGAAAAUGCUUCAAAUGUUGAAGGAAACCCCUCUGCUUCUUCAAGAACUUAAGAAGAUUUAUUUUAAGUGUCCCGCUGUGCAGGCAGUAAGAAAUAUCUCCCUUGUAGUCAACAAGUCAGAAUGCUUUGGAAUAUUUGGGUUAAAUGGAGCUGGAAAAACUACUACAUUCAAAAUGUUGACUGGAGAACAGACUACCACCUCUGGAGUUGUAUUAAUUGAUGGCAUUAACAUCAAUGAAAAUAUCAGAAAGGUUAGGUCAAGAAUUGGCUAUUGUCCUCAACUUGACUCCAUGCUGAACCACAUGACAGGUCGGGAAUUGCUGAUCAUGUAUGCCAGACUGUGGGGGGUCCCUGAGUCAGAUAUUUGCAAGUAUGUUGAAGCCUUUUUACAUUCAGUGCACCUAGAAGCCUAUGCUGACAAGUUUGUUUACACAUACAGUGGAGGACACAAACGUAGACUUAAUACUGUUAUUGCCCUCAUGGGAAAGUCCUCAGUUGUCUUCCUGGAUGAGCCAUCAGCUGGCAUGGAUCCAGUGGCCAGACAUCUCCUCUGGGACACCAUUACAUGGAUCUGUAAAACUGGUAAAGCUAUCAUCAUAACUUCCCACAGCAUGGAAGAAUGUGAGGCCCUCUGUACUAGGCUGGCCAUCAUGGUAAAGGGGAGGUUCAUAUACCUAGGCAGUCCUCGGCACCUCAGGAACAAGUAUGGUAAUAUAUGCACUCUGACAGCAAAAAUUAAUAUUGAUAAAGAUGAAGAGAAAUUACAGAUGUUCAAAAAUUUCAUUGAAAAAACUUUCCCAGGUAACAUCAUAAACCAGGAGUAUCGAGGGACUAUUAUCUGCCACAUUCCCAGCAAGGAAAUUUGCUGGGGAAAGGUGUUUAGUAUUUUGGAGGAAGCUACAGUGCUAUUCAAUUUAGAAGAUUAUUCCGUCAGUCAGAUAACACUAGAAGAAAUCUUCCUGACUUUUGCUGAUAUUGAUAAAAUGGAAAAUGAUCAUCAAAUAAAUCUGCUAUGA